AAACUUGUGUAAAUUCUGUGUUUGAUCUAAGAUCAAGAGUAGAUUCAUUUGCAAAUUUCUCUGAAAAUACUCUGUGAGAGUUGAUUUGUGUUUGUUCUUCAAGUGAUCUUAGAACAGAUCAUUACAGUGAGUUCUUGAUAAGUGUUGAGGUUCAGCAGGCCAGAACUUGAAGUUGCUUGUGAAGAUUUCAUUAACAUAAUUGGGGUCUUUUACAGACAGUAAAGUCUACAAAGGCACAAUGAUGAAUGGGCACGAAAUUUCUGUUUUCUCACUUAUUAUUUCAGAAAAUCAAUGGACAACCUACUUCGAGCUUCAGUUUCAGAAUGAGGUUGCAGAUUUUGCAAGGUUAAAUAAUGAGAACACUGUCAUGUUGUUGGCGCAUUGCAGAGAAAGCGAACCAUUAUCAAGGAUGCUUCUUUUAGAAUACACAUCAAAUGGAACACUAUAUGAGCCUCUUCAUUGCUAUGGAGCAUCUGAAAAAACCCGAGAAUAUGAGCCAAAUAGUAGACCCUCAAUUGAAAAAUGUCAAGCCUGAUGAUCUCUCUGCAGUGUACAAGUAUGCAGUACAAUUAGUCUUUGCAUUGAACUUGAAGCAUCUGAGAGAGGCCUUCCACGGAAAUAAUUACUGAAAUGUUGGAGGAUGGAAUUAAGACCUCACCAGCUGCUCUUUACUAGGAUUCUCAUCUGGCAUGGGCUAAAUUGGCCUUAACAUCAUAAUAGGUACUUUUUUUUCUUUUCCAAGUGCAAAUGCAUGUAGUAUACACUCUAGUUAGCUUAUUCCUUGGUUUGUGUUUUGUUUCAGUUUUGGUAAUUCAUUUUCUAGGAAGCAGGUUCAUGACCAUGGGGUAUUUAUUAAGAGAUUUAAUGUUCUGUUUUA